AUUCAUUGUUACUGAGCUUAUUUUCUAAAAAAUCUACAGCACCCCUUAGGGGUUCUUAGCUAGAAAUAUUUCUAACGUUACUUGUUAAAUCUAAACAGCAUUUAUAUUUCCAGUGUCUGUAGUGUCUCACGAAUAACAGAAAUCAUGUGGCUUUUAGCUUUCAAGCUAAUUUGUCAAUGGAUUAUGCGUUGAAUUUUAACCUGGAUGCUUGACGAAACAGCAGCAGCUUCUAAUCAAUGGGCAGUGUGUUGGCUGCCAGUGCCCCCAGCCCUCCUGCAGCAGGGCCAGGUGGACCCGGUUUGGUGUCAGUACCUCCAGGAUUCACGAUGCCCUCCGUCUCUCCCGUCUCUGUGCCUGGCAGCUCUUCAUCUGGGCACCAGGAGACUGAGCCUCCCCUUUCAAACCCCGGUGGCUUUGAAGAGUGCCACCGCAAAUGCAAAGAGGUGUUUCCUGUGCAGAUGGAGGGUGUUAGACUAACAGUGAACAAGGCCUUGAGCAACCACUUCCAGGUCAACCACACAGUGUUGUUAAGCACUCUAGGAGAUUCCAGUUACAAGUUUGGAGCUACUUAUGUGGGGACCAAACAAACAGGACCAGCAGAGGCCUUCCCCGUCAUGGUUGGUGACAUGGACAACACAGGGAGCCUAAAUGCACAGAUUAUUCAUCAGAUCACAGACCGAGUGCGCUCGAAAUUUGCAUUCCAGACUCAGCAGCAGAAGUUUGUGAACUGGCAAGGAGAUGCUGAAUUCAAAGGAGAAGAUUUCACUGCUGCUGUGACCUUUGGCAACCCAGACGUCUUGGUUGGGUCAGGAAUUGUUGUAGCUCAUUAUCUCCAGUCUGUUACUCCGUCGCUGGCAUUAGGGGGAGAGCUGGUGUACCACCGACGGCCCGGAGAGGAGGGAACAGUCAUGUCUCUGGCAGGCCGAUAUACAGGCAGCAACUUUAUCGCCACCCUGACACUAGGAGGCGCUGGAGCUCAUGGGUCGUAUUACCACAAAGCCAAUGAUCAGUUGCAGCUUGGCGUGGAGUUUGAAGCAAGCACCCGUAUGCAGGACACUAGUGUAUCAUUUGGAUACCAACUGGACGUCCCCAAAGCUGAUCUGGUCUUUAAAGGUUCUUUAGACAGUAACUGGGUGGUUGGAGCCACGCUUGAAAAAAAGCUGCAGCCUCUGCCUCUGUCACUGGCCCUCAGUGCUUUCCUUAACCACAGAAAAAGCAAGUUCCAGUGUGGGUUUGGCAUCACCAUUGGUUAAUCCUACCUUCUUUCUUGGUUAAUGCUGCAGUUUACACACCAGUGCUGUUGUUGGUGAAACGGUAAAGAUUGGACACACUUUGCAUAUUUAUCCACAUCUGUACAAAAUCAGUCAGUAAACAUGAAGCAAAAUAAAGUAAUAUUUGUUGUUAGUUCCAUGUAUCAGACCAACCUUUGCAGUGAAAAUUCCAAUAUCCAAAAAAGUACAUUUAAAAACAUCAGUACUGCUUGAUGCAUUAUAAGAGAAACCAAGAACAAAUACACAUAUACAAUUUGCCUUUCAUUUUGUUGUUUACGUUCAUUUUUUAAAAAAAAAAGUAAAUUAUUUCCUUGUUUAUUUUUUGUCUUGUGUUUAAUGAAGAAGUUCUGGAUUCGUUUAUUUUUCCUACGCAAUGAGCAGGGAUUUUUUUCACAAUGAUUUUAAUCAAGUUCCUGGAUCUCUAUUCAUAGGUACCUAUAUAAAUAAAAUAUAUGCAUUGCAAGUUUUGUGAAACAUGGAUAAAUUCUUAAAACAAAACACAUAUCUGUCCAUCAAACAGAUGCAUGUUUAUGAAUGUAUUUUUGUUGGUGUAAAUUUUUUUAUUUAGAGGUUUUUCAUUGUUUUUCUAAUGAAUUUGUCUGAUACACUGUUGUAUAGCUGAGAAACAGAAACAAAAAAGCCUAUUAAAAACAAAAAAGCCUAUUAAAAAAAAAAGGAGAUUAAAUUCAUGUGCUAUAUUCUAUUACCAAAUCCUAAAUUUAUGACAUUUGCCACAUUGUUAUAGUUUUUUCCCCACCACAUACAGUGCCUUCAUAAACACUUUAUAAAUAUGUAUAUUGUGUAUUGCCUAAUAAUGUCUCCACACCAAGUAUAGUGUGUGUGUGAUUAAAGUAUGGUUAAGUAUAAAACGUAUAAAUGACUAAUUAGACAUAUUGAAUGGUGAUAAUAUUGUGUCUGUAGCUGAUAUGAUUGCUUUACUUGCGUUAACACAGUACAUUUUUAUUUUUUUUUACCAAGUCCAUUGACACCG